GCGGUGGGGACUGCAGCGGUACAGUGGGGAACGGCCUCGGCACCUCGUGCGACCAACGGUGCCAGCUGAAGUAGUUCGGGCUCUCCCCGGCCAGCCUCAGCAAGGCCGCUUGUCAUGGGCAAGCUCGAGCUGCCGCUGACGGAGGAGGCCGACGUGCCGCGCCGCACGCUCAGCCGCUGCGUGCUGGAGCGAGCCCGGCUCGACCUGAACGAGGACGAGCAGGGCCGAGAGCGGGCGCUGGCCGAGCUGCGCGACUUCGUCCGCCGCAGCCGGCAGAUCCUCACCUGCCGGGAAGAUGCCAACUUUUUGCUGCGAUUCCUGCGCAUGAAGAAGUACAAGCUGCCAGAUGCCCAGGCUGUGUUGAUGAAGUACCUACGGAUGCGACAGAAGGAGCCGCACUACUUCCACCGGCUAGACAUCUGCGAUCCGGCCAUCAAUGAUCUCGUCACUCGCGGGUACAUGUUUGUGCUACCGGAGCGAGACGCCGCGGGCCGGCGGGUGAUCGUUUCGCGCGGCUCGCGGGUCGACCCCUCCCGCCACACCCCCGACCAGGUGAUCCGCACCAACCUCAUGACCUUCGAGACCCUGCUGGAGGACGAGGAGAACCAGGUCCGCGGCUUCACCUACCUCUUCGACCAGAAGGGCAUCGGCUUCUCGCACGUGUUCAUGUGGUCGCCCAGCCAGGUCUCGCAUAUGAUCUCUUGCUGUGAGAGUGCCAUGCCGAUGCGCCAUCAGCAGAUCAACUUCAUCCACGUGCACACGCUCAUUCACGCCGUGCUGGACUUCGUCAAGGGGCUCCUCAAUGCCAAACUGCGCUCCCGCUUCAUCGUGCACAGCAACGUGGACAAGCUGUACGACACGCUGCCGGCCAAGAACCUGCCCAAGGAGUACGGGGGCAUUACGCCGAUCGACGAUAUGAUCGGUUCGUGGAAGAAGGAGCUGCUCGCCAGUCGGCCACGUCUGCUGGCGCUGGACCAGAUGAGGGUGUGCGCCGAAGACGACGAGUCGUGCCGGGCGGCGGCCUCCCUGCACACUUCGCUGGCCACGCUGGAGAUCGACUAAUCGUGGGCGCUGGCGGCUCCGACCGGCGCACGGCUUCAGCACGAUUCAGCGAGGAUGGUCAAUCGCUGGCCGAACACCAUGGGGAACUCGGAGCCGAAAUCCAGUGCAGAAUGAAGUGUCUCGAGCUGCUGUCGUCACAGCGCAUACCAGUGAUGUCACAGGGCAGCUGCAUCAGCAGCAGAAUGCGCGCGCUGAAACCAAACUCACGAGCACGACGGUGUCAGGACGCUGUCGGAGUUGGGCGAGAGUGUACGCCGAAGACCGACUCGUGCCACCGCUCCCUGAGCCGGAGGACCGGGGAGUACGCUGAAGUGCAACGUUGCAAACGAGCAUGUGAAUAGUUCCUAGCUCUGCUGGGGCGAGUGCGACGCGGGUACGGCUCGGUGUGACAGGGGCGGAUCCAGAACGCUGCCUUGGCUGGGUAACCCCAGGGGGAUGCAAGAGAUGUCCCGAUUUUCAGAAAUUAAUUGGAUUUCGCUCCUUCUUUCUUGAGUAAGUGUUUCAGAACAAGCCUAUGGUAAAGGUUGCUUAGCUUCUCUGACAAGUUCAGAAAUGUAUAAUUAUGUCCACUUUGGGUGAUCUUAGCUGUGAUCCCGACUGUCCCCCACCCCACGCCCGUCCUUGGAUCCGCCCUCGCAGUGGGAGGGCCAGUCAAAAUGAGUCUGUAUGGCAGCAGAAAUCGUCCGUGAAGAACGUCACCUGGCCAACAUCUCACAUGGUUGGCUGAAUCCAGGCAUUGGUUCGUUGAUUCACUGCACUCAUCGAUUGACUGACUGACUGUGCACGGACUUCGAAAGAUCGAUUGGUGGUAAAAACUGAUGCUAUGCUAUUUGUGGCCAGGCCGAACUGGAGGGUCAGGAACGCUUGAAGCGAACUGUCGGAAGGACGGUUGGUGACUCUCAGCUGAUCAGUAGCUGAUCAGUAAUGCCAUCUUGGGCCGACGUAUUGUGGCUCAAUUCGAUGUGCUCGUUUUGUUCGUUCAAAGCUUUGCACUUCGGAAGCCGCUGCGCAGGCGAGAAUUGGGAACUGAAAACUAAUUAAGUUUCUAUGAAGUAUUUGAUCAUUUUCAUCCGGGGUUCCAUACACUGUGAUUUUUUUCUAUUUUCUGCAUCAAUGGGACCUGACAGAGGUUCAUAUGGAGGUGAGAAUUGGCUCAAUAUGAAAGUGAGAAGUAAAAUCAACAACUUUUAGCGAAGGGCUUUUGUUUUGUUUCAGUGCUGUCAAUGCUUCCUUUCUACGGCCAUCUGCUCCAGCGUGGGGUUCUGUAACAUAAACUGUAAUGUUGUAGCUAGGCUCUCGCAUCUGUAAUGAGCUGGGUCCUCGAGGUGUCGCCCUCUCUCGUUCACGCUGAGGUAAGAAGCUUUACCAGGAUGACUCUCACGAUGCCUGGCUCCCUGGUAGUUUGAAGCUGUGAUCACGCCAGGUGAUGCCAACUGCCCGUGCAGCAGUCGAGCGAGUUUAACGGUUUAUGUAGCGGAUGGAUAUAGCGGCUCGUCGUGUGACAGUGUGUUGUCAGAUUUCGAAAUGAUCGUUUAAAAUACACUAUUAUGUACAGAAU